ACCCACAGAACUAGGCAGCUCAGUUGAAGGCAAGCGUCCUUUAUCAGGUCCUUGCAGCCUCCAGCUCUCCCGCAGUGCCUUCAGCCCUUGACACCAACAUGAGGUUCAAGUUCUCGAUCAUCGCUCUUCUUCUGGAAGCGGUCUUCAUCGUUUUGUUUGGGCUGUUUGUGGAGUAUGGCGAUGGGGACAGCUAUUCGUAUCCGUACUUUAAGGACGUCCAUGUGAUGAUAUUUAUUGGAUUUGGUUUCCUGAUGACCUUUCUGAAGAAAUAUGGAUUCACCAGUGUUGGUAUCAACAUGCUCAUUGCUGCCUUUGGUCUUCAGUGGGGCACUCUAAUGCAAGGAUUCUUGCACAGGGGUGAAAGAGGGAAAAUUCAUGUUACCAUUGAAAGCAUGAUAAAUGCAGACUUCAGCACAGCAACUGCUUUGAUUUCAUUUGGAGCAGUCCUGGGGAAAACCAACCCUGUUCAAAUGCUUCUCCUGACGUUUCUGGAGAUCACAGUCUUUGCAGUCAAUGAAUAUCUAGUUACGGAAAUAUUUAAGGCUACAGAUAUUGGAGCCUCAAUGACCAUCCAUGCCUUUGGAGCUUAUUUUGGUUUGGCUGUAACGCUCAUUUUGUAUCGUCCUGGCUUGAAAAACAAGCAUGAAAAUGAGGAAUCUACCUAUCACUCAGACAUAUUUGCCAUGAUUGGUACCUUGUUCCUUUGGCUUUUUUGGCCCAGUUUUAACUCUGCAAUUGCAGAUUUAGGUGACAAGAUUAAAAUAAUUAUCAACACUUACUACGCCCUGGCAGCAUGUGCUGUUACAACAUUUGCCCUCUCCAGCCUGCUGGAUCAAAGAGGCAAAUUCAGUAUGGUUCUCAUUCAAAAUGCCACCCUGGCAGGAGGAGUAGCAGUGGGUACCUGUGCUGACCUGACAAUACACCCUUUUGUUGCCUUGUGCAUUGGGAGCAUUGCUGGGAUCAUCUCUGUCCUGGGGUUCCACUUCCUGACUCCUGUUUUGGCAUCCAAGCUGAAAAUUCAAGACACAUGUGGAGUCCAUAAUUUACACGGCUUACCUGGAAUACUGGGAGGCAUUGCUGGCAUCAUAGUAACUGCAGUACAACAUGAAACUAAGGGAGGUGUCCAACUUACCGCUGGCAAACAGGCUGCUGCCUUGGGCAGCACAAUUGGAAUUGCACUGCUUGGUGGAGCAUUGACAGGUGCUAUUCUAAAGCUGCCCAUCUGGGGACAAGUAUCUGACCAGAACUGCUUUGAUGACUCCGCUUAUUGGGAGGUAAGAUACAAACCACUGUUAAAACAAAGGAACUAUAUUUUCAUCAUGUUAGAAGAGAUACAACACAUGGAGGUUUGGACAUCAGUCAACUUCCAAACACGUUGCCCAGCCUUAGGCUGUGAAUUUAUCAAGGCAAACUACUAGAUUUAUUUUUGACCA